AACGAACCCUCGCAAAAAAGACCCAGGUAGAAGCGACGCCGCGCCUGCGCGCUGCCCAUUUUCUUUGUAUAAUUUGAAAAGUCCGGUUUGGUUUGUCUUCGUCUCGUUCCCGUUUGCAUUGCGGGGCAACUAUUAUUUCGCUUUCGCUUUUGAUUUGAUCGAAUCGAGUGUGCGAAUCUGCAAGCCGAAAAGCCGGUCUCGUUACAAGCCGAGGUGGUUGUUCCGAUAAAUUCGAUUUAUCUAAAUAAAAUACUGGUGUAUUAGUAUUAUCUUGGGUUUGUUGUUUGAUCUUAUUCGUGAAGGAGGUUUAUAUAGAUAAAGUAGCCAAAAUGUCCGAUGAAGAAGUUCAAACAAAGAAGGGCCGCAAAACCGCCACAGAGGCCGCGAAACGCACGAAAAAGGAUGCCAAGGCAGAAGCUGACGAAGCUCCUCCAGUAAAAAGAGGCAGAGGAAGACCGAAGGGCACCUCGAAGAAGGCCGAGAAGCCCGAGAAAACCGAGAAGAAGGCCCCGAAAGCCAAAGCGAACGGAGUUGGCAGACGCGGCAGAAAGAAGAAGGAAGAAAAGGAAGAGUCCGCUGAAGAGGAAAAUGGCGACCAGAGUAGCCCAAACGAAGACGAGGAGGAGGACGACGAAUAAAUGACUAAUAUUAAGAUCUCAUUUGCUUUCAAUUUUAAAUGAUUAAUUUCAAUUGCUUUUAUUUUACGAUUAAGUGUAUCUAUACUAAUUUAAAUGUACGACUGAUUUGUAAUAAUUAACGUAAUUCUUGUAAAUAUUUUAGUUUUGUUCUCUUGUGUUUCUGAAGAUGUUUUUUUCGUAAAUGUGUCAGAACAGUAUAUUUCAAAAUUUUUAUAACGAUUUAAUUGUAUUAGAGAUUAUUAAAUACAUGAGUUUUCAAGAUAA